AUUUUACCAUUCGUGUCCGGCCGUGGUACUGAGUGCACGCACGUCGCGAGCUCCCCACUGUUAGCCCUGUUGGAGCUGUCCGUUCUUGUCGCCAUAACCCAACUGUGAAUCUGCUUUUAGAACCGCAACAUCAUCGUUUACAAUAACACUCAUAUUAUUUUACAUUGGAACAGUGAACUAGUGCCAACAACGAAUUAUAACAGGCCAGUGAAAUGAGACGCUGAUCAACAAUGUUCAGUUAUAUUUGUUCAAAACUUGGAGAAAUGUACCCGUGUUGAAAUUGCAACCGCUGUAUUGUGGACCAAAAGAGCGGCAGCCGGUCAUGUACGCCAUGUCAACGGCGUCGACCACGACGUCGGGGUCGCGCGCAGAGCUGACGGUGACCACGGCGUCGGCCGAGCGGCGCGUGCGCGUCGUGCGCCUGCUGCGGCCGCGCAAGGCCGCGCCGGCCUUCGGCUUCUCGCUGCGGGGCGGCCGGGAGUACGCCACGGGCUUCUUCAUCUCCAAGGUGGACCUCAAUUCUGAGGCACAUCUUCAAGGAUUGAAGGUGGGAGACCAAGUGGUGAGUGUGAACGGGUACCGGGUCGACGACGCCGUGCACGCGGAACUCGUCCAUUACAUCACCUCACAGUCUAGGCUCAAAAUUAAAGUCAGACAUGUGGGGAUGAUUCCUAUGAAAGAGAAAGAACACGAGCCCCUGUCGUGGCAGUUCGUGUCGGAGAGGACAUCGCUGGCUUCCGACGUGUCCUCCUCACCUACGCUGUGCCACAACACAGAGCAUCUGACGGACCUGCGUCUGUCCAUACUGGUGCCGCCGAGAGCUAAGCUCGGCUGUGGAAUCUGUAAAGGACCUGAUUGGAAGCCUGGAAUUUUCGUUCAGUUCGUGAGAGAAGGCGGCAUCGCUCGGGAAGCAGGUUUAAGGCCCGGCGACCAAAUUUUAUCCUGUAACGGCAGCGACUUUGCAAACAUAUCAUUUAAUGAGGCUAUAACAGUGAUGAAAGCCAGUGGGCGGCUCGAGCUCAUAGUCCGUGAGGGUGCCGGCACAGAGCUGGUGUCUCCAGAGAGUUCUGGCUACAAUAGCUCCGCGUCAUCAGCGGCUGGAGAGAGGAGUCCGGCGCCAGCUGCGCCUGUCAUCCCUCUCGCUCCCCCGGCAGCGCUGCGACGACGGCUGGCCAGCGUGGCGGAAGAAGCUGCGGAUAGAGCAGAUAGGUUAACUAUGAAUAGACUGAAAAGACGGACAUGGGAUAGUUUAGAAUUUGACUGGAAAAAGAAUGACAUUCAUAAUUUCGACGCACCGUCCGACAUAGAACCUGACUACGAUAGCCCUAGUAUACCAAAUAAUCCUCAUACAUACGAAAGUAAAUCUAACAUUAAAUGCAAAACAAAAUCAGAAAUGGAAACGACUAAAAUAUCGAGUCCACGAAAUAGAACUAUAAUAAAUUUAACAGAAGAUGGCGCCACGAUACAAUGCAGUUAUGAUAAUAAUAAUACUAGGAAAAAUAUGUAUGCGACAACCCAAACGAACAGAGAUAAUGAAAAGAAAACUAUAGUUGUAGAAGUUCAUCAUAUGAAUACGACAUCAUGUAGUAAAUCACAUUGUAAUUAUAACUCACCUCCAAAAAAAGAAGUUGAUGAUGAUUCUACAAGUAUAUCUAGCUCAGCUACAUUAUCAAGUGCCAUUGCCGAAGAAAUAGAAAGAAGAAAAUUGAAUAAGAAAUCUUUACCUGAAAAGGAAACCCGUCCAAUCCCAAUCAAGAAAUGCAACGUUUCUAAGGCGAUGGACAACGACCAAAAGAAGCAUCAUGACGCUUUGAUGGAUGAAUUUAAGAAGGUCCACAGAAAAAUGUUUGCCAAUCUAGAAUUAAUGAGCCGUGAGGUGAAUGACAAAGAAAAUCUGCCAGACAAUUUGGACCGUCAAUGUAGUGUACCGAUCAGAAAAUCUGACCAUGUUCAAACGGACUCCGUAAAUGUCAAGGAAUCGUUAGAAAAACCUACAAAAAAACCACCACCGCCGCCACCACCUCCCAUGCCAAUCUCUAAUGGCUAUAAAAAUGGUGACCACAAAAAAAUAGAAGACCAAAAUGGCUUGAAGUUAGAUGAUACCGAUAUAAAAAUACCAAAUUUGAGGAAAGUGGCAACACUUAACAGGAUACCUACCCCUGAUUAUAAUAACAAAACUGAUUUUACGCUCCAACUGAAAGGCAAGAAUUUGAAAGAAGAAAACGCUGAAGUGGAAUCUUUAGAAUCAUACAAGUUAAAAAAUCCACUAAACGUGACACCCAAACCACCUUCAAAUUACUUUAUUAAAGCUCCCAAUGGUUCUGCAACAAUGAAAAAACACGCCAGACCAGUUUCAGUUACAAUAGGCGAAUAUGUCAACAACGUAGGAAGGAAGGAGCCGUCCAAAUUAGAUUUCUUAAAUGGUGAUAAAUCAGAUCUCAGGUCACCCGAAGAUGAACCUAUCUCUAGUAGGUUACAAUCAGAGCUGGCUCUGACACUAUCUAGAUCAAAUCUACGUAAAAAGACUGAAGCAUUAGAUCAUGCUUCUAGUAAAAAGCCGCUUAUAAUAACGAUAAAUUCGAAAGACGAGAAUUUUUACGCUAGAUACGGCAAUAAUCUUUUACCGCUACCUCCUUCGAUAACAAUACCCAAAGUCGCCAAACCUAAACAUUGAAUUGUAACGCUGAUGGAGGUCGAUAGAAAAUGCUUGACCAUUUAAAUGAGAUAUUUGAUAUUAGGGAGGAACUAUCAGAUACCUAUUAACUCGAUGUAGAUAAGGAAGUCUAGAUAAAUCACCUUAUAUAAGUAGUCAAUGUGGAAUAUACCGUCCCCUAUCGGAGAAAGUAUGAAAUUUAACAAAUGUUAAAUUCGUAAGUUAAUAUUACUCGUGAUACAGCAAUUGAACUAUAGGUAAUAUACAUUACAUGCGUUAAAUUAAAUGUUAAGGAAUAUAAAUAAAAGUUUAACACAAACACAAUUCUCCAAAACUACUAAUUGUCACAAACUUGAAAACUUCGUUUAUUAAGAUCGAUCACUGUAUGGUAGGGUCGUGCACACCAUAGAAACGUAAAUUUGCUACCGUCCCUAAGUACUUAUUACUUUAGUUUAGUUCUUGUAUUUAGUAUUUUCAUUAUUUUUAUCAUCUCGCCAUCAAUCUUGUUAAAACUGUAAUCCGUUGAUUCUCCUGCACUCGAGUUUUAGCUCUUAUCAUUUAUUAUCAUCUGUCUGCCCCAAUAUACCUACCUACUGCCUAAACCUCUGUGCACGUCACUGCUGUAUAGCCGUAUGGGCCCAAUUUGUAUAUAAUGUCCUACCUUAUAAGACCUAUAUAUGAAAAGAAUUAGUUGGAAUCAUCAUAUUAUCAUAUCACGAUUCUGAGCCGAAUCCCUGCGACUCGCUUGAUGUCAUCAGUCCAUCUGGUGAAGGGUCGACAAACACUGCGCUUUCUAAUUAUUGCAGGUAGUAGUUAGAAUAUUGCUUAGAAAUCAGAAAUCUAGACAUUCCUGUUUGCGUGGACUGUAAGUGUUGAUAUAUAGUACUCGUAUGUAUGGUCAAAUGUGAUAUCGGAUUCAGUCGUGUUUAGUGUUCAAGUGUCACAGUAUAAAUAAACUUUUCAAAAUGUUAUUGAAAAAUAAGCCAAAUCUAUUAUUAUUUUGUAUUUGAACUGUUUAUUUUUCACCAUUAUAGGUACGUAUUUAUAGGAUUAUUGUGAUUCGUUUAAAAAUAGGUUCUAUUACAAUAUAAUUACAAAAUAUUAAAAAUUAUAAAGUAAUUGUGUGUUGCUAUUUAAUCAAGUGUAGUGUUUCUUAUGUACUUAUUCCAAUUUUAAUGUAGGUGGUAGGUAAAUCGGUACUUUUACUUAGGUGCUUAUAUUUGAUAACAUUAUAGUUAUUAGAAUGGGACGGAACUUUGUCAAAGUAAAAGUUAACUACGAAUGCUAAGUAGUUUACUUUGACAACAUUCCAUACCAUAACAGACGCCCGCAACUUUGUUUGAGUGAAAAACCCUUAUCCUUUAAAGUUGGUAAACUCCUUAUGAUUUUGAGGAAUAAACAGCCAUAUAUAAAAAUAAAUUUUACAAUCUGGUAGCUCCAGAGAUUAGCGCGUUUAAACAAACACUCAAACAAAACAUCUGUUAAAUAUUAUGUAAGUACCUAAGAGAGUACCUACUUUCAGAGUAAAAUGAAAAUUUUUGUCAAACAUUGUAUAGGAUAAAUCAAAAUAUAAAUUAUACUGAAACGUAGAAAAUUUUGUCAAACAUUGUAUAGGAUAAAUCAAAAUAAAAAUUAUGAACACUA